AUGUCUUUCACACCUCCAAAAUCAUCAAGCAAAACAACAUACAUGCACAGCUUACCAUUCGCGGAUAAAUUCCAAAAAACAUUCAGCGAUGCUGAGAUGCAAUGUGUACAAAGAAAAUUAGAUUUUGGUGAAAUGGACUUCCAAUAAAAAAAGUCUAUUAGCACUUUCAGAAUUACUAAAAUGCACAAAUCAACCAUUGGCAAACUCAGAUGA